GUGACAAACAUGUGACAGCUGAUCCUCUCAAUUUCAAGCGCUGUAAUGAACGUUUCAUAAGGCAGACUUCUAAAUCAAGGACAGUUCUAUUUGCUUUAAAUGUAUAUACAGGAUGUGUAAAAGCUGGGAAGAUGUCUCUUUCAAGAUGGAUAAAAAAUUAAAAAGGCAGAAUCUACCUCAACACGGAGGUGACAGCUAUCCAGUUACAGGUAUCACACAAUUUCUGCGAAUUUUUCCGGAAACUACUUAGCCUGUGCCACCCAGGCUAAGGUAGUCGCCAAAUUUUGCCAGGACUAACACCUGCGCGCACUCAGGCCGGGCCUCAAGCCGGCCUGGUUGCCUUCUCAAGCGCCCCCCUCUGCUCUUAGGAGACUUUGACCUCGAAUGUUAUACCCAUGACAGCCAGGAUUUUACUCCCGCACAGUCAAGCGCUGAAAAGGGCACACAACGAGAGGAUCUGCGCGGCUCCCCUAGGCUAGGCGCAGACCGAUUCGCGGCCUCACCCGUCUGAGACGCGGCUACCCUGUGGCUGACCAGCCCGAGUCCCCGCGCCACAGCCCGAGGGCUCCCAGGAUCCUCAUCGGCUAGAACCCCGGCUCCCCCGGCCCGGCAGGCUCUGGGAGCACUGUGCGCAUGCGCUCUCCGACGCACGGGCGACGUGCGUGGUGAAUCCUCGCUCCUCAAGUAGUUGUAGAGGCAACGGCGUUUUCCCGCGCUUUUUCUUGGUGCCUCAGGUUAGGUAUUUUAUUGGUAUUAAUCUUGUUAUUAUUUUCUCUGUCGAGCGUGGAAACCAGGCCGAGAACUCCAGAAGGAAGUUUCUGGUUCUUUUCAGCGUCUGGAGAGUUCACUGGCUAGUAUGUCUUUGUGUGAAGACAUGCUGCUUUGUAAUUAUCGCAAGUGUCGCAUCAAACUCUCUGGUUAUGCCUGGGUCACUGCCUGCUCUCACAUCUUCUGUGAUCAGCAUGGCAGUGGUGAGUUUAGUCGUUCACCAGCUAUCUGCCCUGCCUGCAAUAGUACCCUUUCUGGAAAGCUAGAUAUUGUCCGCACAGAACUCAGUCCAUCAGAGGAAUAUAAAGCCAUGGUAUUGGCAGGACUUCGACCAGAGAUUGUGUUGGACAUUAGCUCCCGAGCACUGGCCUUCUGGACGUAUCAGGUACAUCAGGAGCGUCUCUAUCAAGAAUACAAUUUCAGCAAGGCUGAGGGCCAUCUGAAACAGAUGGAGAAGAUAUAUACUCAGCAAAUACAGAGCAAGGAUGUGGAAUUGACAUCCAUGAAAGGGGAGGUCACCUCCAUGAAGAAAGUGCUAGAAGAAUACAAGAAAAAGUUCAGUGACAUCUCUGAGAAACUUAUGGAGCGAAAUCGCCAGUAUCAAAAGCUUCAAGGCCUCUAUGAUAGCCUUAGGCUACGAAACAUCACCAUUGCUAACCAAGAAGGUACCCUUGAACCAUCCAUAUUCACACAAUCCGGUGUUUUUGGCUUCCCUUUAGGGAACAGUUCCAAGUUUCCUUUGGACAGUACACCAGUUCGAAAUCAGGGUGGUGGAGAUGGAGAUUUUCACUUCAGACCAUUUUUUGUGGGUUCUCCCACAGCACCUGAACCCAGCAACAGCUUUUUCAGUUUUGCCUCCCCAAGUCGUGAAUUAGAGCAGCAGCAAGUCUCUAGCAGGGCCUUUAAAGUAAAAAGAAUUUAGCUCAUUUUACAGAAUGUUUCUCUGUUCACUUUCAGUGAUUUCAUUUAGCAAGGAAUCUUUGUUCUAGAUAAAGGUCAAGAACCUCCCUGUGCUAUUAAAAGUUAUCUUCACAUUUUCAACUUAUAAGAAACUUCAGUGGCAGUGGGGGAUGGCUUUAGAGUCUGGUUUCUUUUUCUGUUUCCAUUCCAAAAAGCAUGAGCAUUUUAUUAAACUCAAUUUCAUCGUGACUUGUUGAGUUUUCACCAUUAGUGAAAAGGUUACAAUAUUAUUGGAUGUUUUGUAGAUCACCAUUUGUUUCUGUGUGGGAUAUUUCUGACUGAUCUAUGUGUUUAUGUGUAUGUAUAUAAGCACCCAUGUUACAUGUCUACAUGUCACUUUGGGUUCUGGUAUUUAUACAUGUAUGUAUAUGUGUUCCUUUACAUUGGUAUUUUGCUGUAUUUGCUAGUAGAUUUAUGUGCAGAUUUUGGUCUCAGGAAAUGGCGGGUGAGUCUGUAGCUUGUUUUGGGGUGUGUACAUUUAUUUGUAUAUAUUUAUGUAUUUGCGAUUUUAUUAACUUGUUUAGCAAUAUGCUUAUGUCAAUGAAUGAGAGUACAACUUGAUGCAUGUAUUUUCAGUUCCUAUUUCUAUUUAAAAAUAAUUUAGAUUGAUACAGUUAUUUUGUAAAGUUGGUUUUUUGGCAUUUAUUUUCAAAUAAAAUCGCUUCUUUCUUUACCCUUUU